AUGUCGAACGAAAUAGAUGCCAAGCAGUUGAUUUACGAAGUACGCAUCAGGCCUGCAUUGUGGGAUUUAAAACACGUUCACAACAAAUCAUAUAAAACGGUCGGCAAGCAGUGGAAAGAAGUGGCAACAGCUCUUGGCGUCGAAGAUGUUGAGCAAUGUCGGCGCAAAUGGAAAAAUUUGCGAGAUGCUUAUCGCGCCUUAGUGAGACGUUCAGAAAUUCGCAAACAAACCGAUAAAAACUUGGGUGUUUAUGAUCCACAAAUUGAUUACGAUAGCAAAUGGAUUUACUACAAGGAUCUACACUUUAUACGAGACAAUAAACGUAAACGUCGAAGUCGCCGUGAAUUAAAUGCCGAACAAAAUGACAGAUUACAAAAUGAUUUUAAUGAAUCACAAUUAAAUGACGUUUCGGAAAUUAAAAUUGAGCCCACACAAAUUGCAGAAGAUGGAAUAUAUUCGGCUGAAGAAUUUACCGAUGAUCAUGAUGACAAUGAAACGGAUGAACAUUAUGAGGGAAUAGAAAUUGAGGAUGAUGAUGAAGAUGAUUUUGAUAAUUUGGAUAUUUUACCAGAAGAGUUUCAAAGUAUAUCGUUGCCGGAACAAGAAUUUAGGGAUAUACCCACAUCCAGACCGCUUAUUCCCGAUCCCAUAGAACAUACAAAUAUGACAGAUAUUAACGUUAGUACAACAAAAAAUCGGACCACCCAUCAGACGACCAGUGCUAAUAAUAAUAGCACCACCAAAAAUUGUAAAUGCGGGUCGAGGAGUGAACAAAAUGUCCAUUUCUUGGAAAAUCUUGAACAAGAAGAACACAAUCUAAUGAAAUCCACACAAGAUGAUAUGAAGCGUGCUACAAAUCAUAUUGGCGAUUCUGAUUAUAAUUUCUUGGUUAGUUUUCUGCCACAAAUGAAGAAAAUGAACGAUUUCCAAAAUCUACAAUUUCGUGCGCGCAUGAGUGAUUUGAUGUUGAACAUUUUGGUGCCGACGACAGCAGGGCAUGUAUCUAAUACUCGAAUGCCAAUAGCUGAACAUAAUUAUUUGUAUAAUCACACUAAUGAAAAUAAUAAGACCGUCUUAAAUGCAGCUACUUCCACCAGUUCUAAUUAUUUUUCAUAA